AUGGGCGGCGAACAUCUCGGGCCCCUUUGCGCGGCGCUCCUCAGCGCCGUCACGGGCACCGGCGACGCCCUCGGCGACUUUGUCGUCUCGUACCCGGCGGCGCGGCCGGACCUCGGCGUGCUCUCCCGGGAGCUCUCGGAGAUCCAGCUGGUGGCGCGCCUGUUGAGCCACAACGCCGGCGCUCUGGAUACCGGCACCGCCGAGCUGCCGGCGAAGCUGUUGGUGACACUGAAGAGCGUCGUCGAGGGCGCGGGGCUUCUCGUCGAGGAGAUUAACGAUGCGCUGCUCCGCCCGGAUGGGACCGAGAGAUCGCAGGCGUGGCUUGAGCACGCGGCUGAGCGGCUGUCACCUCUCGGCAGACUGAUUGAGAGCUCGAGGAUUGCCAUGAACCUGGGAUUGGACGCUUUACUAUUCGCCAUCAACUUUCAGCCCUCGGGCCAGACUGAGCUGCCACCUUACAACAGCUCUCAAAUCCUCCAAGAGGCGUUCAAUCUGCGAGUGCGGUUGAACGAGGACUCUGAGAGCGAUGACCUACGAGUCCAGACUCAUCAGCCUGCUCUCAUCGAGUUUGUCGAGGCCCUGCAGGAGUACAUGGAGCAGACAUCCACAAGUCUCUUCGUCCCGGAAACAAGCGGCCGAGCUCCUCCUAUUGCUUCUGAAACCGCCGUCUCCUCCCUCCACUCCGAGAUGGACCCCGAGAUCCCCGACUACAACGCCAUCGGCAUCGCCAACCCGGCGCCCCUAUCCAUCAGCCUCCGCCACCUCGCCAAGAAGGAGUUCUCCAGCCGCGAGGUCAUCGAGAUCGCGUUCCUCAUCCGCAACGAGAAGCCCACCAUCGCCGUGUCCACCAUGGACCCGCCCACGCGCUUCUUCGACAUCCAGGCCAACCAGGUCUCCUGCCUGUCCAACCAGCACGGCGUCCGCAUGAUGUUUAGCGACAACGCCCGCUCCUGGACGUAUCUGUGCGAGGAGGACGCCAAGGAUCUCAACGCGUUGAGCCACGACGGCGUCACCUUUAAGAAGCCCGUCGUCUACCUAGGCGACUACAUCAACGGCCGCCGGAUCCAGCAGAUGCGCUGGCCAGGCGCCAAACCGCUGGGAUUUUCAGGGGACGGCCGAUGGCUAGCCGUGGGAAGCGCCCGAAACCGCAUCGCCCUCAUCGACGUCAAGUCCGGAGCCGUACUCGACAAGACGCGCGUGAUAUCAUGCCACCUCGACGCAGUCACGCACGCCGUCUUCACGCCCAACAGCAAGGCCCUCGUCUCGCAGUCCCUCGACGGCACGAUCCGCCUCACCGACUCGGACACGGGCAAGUCGCUGGCCAAGCUCGACACCGACACCUGGAAGAAGCCCCUGUUCCUGGGCGUGACGCCCAACGGCGACGUCGUCGUGUCGAUCCGCGGCGACACCGUCUACCACUGGAACCACACGACGUCGGACCUCGAGUCGUACAGCCUGGGCUCGCGCCGCACGCGCGAGGGCUGGCCGAUCGCCAUCUCCAGGGACUGCCGCUUCAUGUGCUGCCGGACCGACGACGGCGUGGAUAUCAGCGAUCUGUACUCGGGCAAGGUGCUGCACACCAUCAAGUUCCAGAGCGGAUACGUCACGGCAGCUACCUUCAGCGGGGAUGGGCGGUAUUUGAUUCUCGGCAAGGCGGCGUCGUGGAUGGGCGUGCGAGUCACCAUGUCGACGCUGGAUGUGUGGGAGCUGGUUUUCUAG